AUGACACCACACACGCCGCCGGCGAAACGGUGGCAGUUGGCCGCCUCGGUUGCAGCAGCCAUUCCAGAGGACAUACUCGUGAGCGAGGUGCUCGCGCGCCUCCCCGUGAGGUCGCUCCUCCGCUUCAGGUCCGUGUGCCGGUCGUGGCGCGCGGCCAUCGACGGCGACCCGCGCUUGGUGCGCCACCACCUCGAACUCUCCCGCGGGCAGGCGCCACCGUCCGUGCUCGACGUGCCCUGCGAGCCCCGCCUGGAGGACCACUGGGGCGAGGCCCGCUCCAAGGAGAUGGAGUUCCGCCGGAUCCGCCACGGCGCCGCCGUGGACGCCGAGCUGAUGCUCGCCGCGGCCUCGCCCGCGAACCGCUUCACGGCCGUGAUCGACCCCGUGCACUGCGACGGCAUGGUCCUCGUCCCCACCGCCUCCGGGGAGCUCUUCGUCUGCAACCCGGCCACCAGGGAGCUCGUCGCGCUGCCGCCAGGCAGCCGCAGCGUGAUGAGAGGGGCGGUGGCGUUUGGCUUCGACCCAUCUAGCAACACGUACAAGGCGGCCAGGAUCUUCUACCGCGGGGUCGAGCUCGUCGAGGCCGACGAUGACGAGGGCGGCGAAGGAGUCGAGGAGUACGACGUCGGGCACGAGGUGCUCACGCUCGGCGCCGACUCAUCGUGGGAGCCGACCGACGACCCGCCGUACUACGUCGCCCCGAUCAGGCCGAUCUGCACGCGGGGCGCCUUCUACUGGACCGCCGCUGUCGGCCGCGCGGACGACCCGCGGCCGACGGAGCUGCUGCGGUUCUGCCUCCGCGACAAGACGUUCGCGGUGGUCCCGAACCCUCCCUGCUUCUUCCAGUCGGUGGGGGGCCUGGGCCUCAUCGGCAACCGCGACACCCUCACGGAGCUCGGCGGGAGGCUGUGCUGCGCCCACGCCCGCACCGCGACGGGCGUCGACAUCUGGCUGGCCGACGACGACGGGCCGCGGCUGGAGUGGUCCAUGGCGCACCGGAUCGAGCUGCUCCGGCCCGUCGCGCACUCGGUGCUCCCGCUCGCCGCCGACGGGGACGAGCUGCUCCUGUCCGUCGACAGGCGCGUGCUCUACAAGUACAGCGCGGCGAGCAAAGCUGUGGAGGAAGUGCUGGACAUGCAGCGGGUACCGGAUCUGUACGGAGGAAGGCCUCCGCUCCCUCUCCGUCUCGUGCAUCAUGCUGUGCCCUACGUGGAGAGCCUUGUGUCGAUUACUAGGCAUAACUAUUAG